AAUUGCGGAUUGCAGACUGCUCAUGCCAUCUAUAUGCUUGUACUGCUAGAGAUGAUUGUUUUUUCCAGCUAUGUUUGUGGAGUUUGGGGUACAUGAGCUCAAACUAGCCAACAAGAGUUGAGCAACAUGUGUCUCCCUUGAACAGUGAGCAAAUAUUUAACAUGUGAAGAAACAGUAGAUUGUCUCCUGCUUGGUUGUCCUCCAAUUUCUACUGCAUGAGAGGUAUAGUUCUAAUAUACUAACAUUAUCAAACUAGUUCUGUAGAACACAAGGGAAUAAGAUAAGACUUUGUAGAAUUCCACCCUCUAGUUGGUGAACAAAGGCAGAAAACAGGGGAACUUUCCUUCUUAAAUAUCUUAUUUAAUAUGGGUUUCCUUCAUAGAAAGCAACCUAGACCCACACAAAAAAAAAAAAAUAAUGAGAGGGGACCAUGAACUACAUGUUGUUGGUAUCUAACGUUUUGAGAGAAAAUCACAAGCUUCCUGCAGCAUCAUCCAUGGCCUCCAAAACCUGCAUUGUCAUCUUGGCUUUGCUCUGUCCAUUCCCUCUUGGCAACUCAGUUGAUUUCUUCGACUUCCCCGCCGUUUUCAACUUCGGUGACUCCAAUUCCGACACGGGCAAUCUCAUCGCCGCCGGGAUCGAGGGCCUCUACUCUCCUAAUGGCCAGAGCUAUUUCCAGCAGCCGUCCGGGCGGUACUGUGAUGGCCGCCUCGUCAUUGAUUUCCUGAUGGAUGCAAUGGACCUUCCAUUUCUAAAUGCCUAUCUAGAUUCAAUCGGCACACCGAAUUUCCGGAGAGGUUGCAACUAUGCAACAGCGGCGUCGACUAUACUUCCGGCGACUGCAACAUCGCUGAGCCCAUUUUCUUUCGGAGUUCAGGUGUCUCAGUUUCUCCGUUUUAAAGCCCGCGUGCUCGAGUUGCUGGCCAAAGGUAAGAAGCUUAACAAGUAUCUACCAUCAGAAGAUUACUUUGCAGAGGGCCUCUACAUGUUUGAUAUAGGACAGAAUGACCUUGCCGGCGCAUUUUACUCCAAGUCGUUGGAUCAGAUACUCGCCUUGAUUCCGACUAUUCUUGUAGAGUUUGAAAAUGGAUUCAAGACAUUGUAUGAUCAAGGAGGUAGAAAUUUUUGGAUACACAACACGGGUCCUCUUGGAUGCAUAACUCAGAAUGUUGCAAAGUUCGGGACUGAUCCAUCAAAGCUUGAUGAGGUUGGAUGUGUCAGCGGACAUAACCAAGCGGCUAAGCUUUUCAACAUGCAACUCCAUGCUCUAUGCAUGAAAUUGCGGGGCCAAUACACUGAUGCCAGUAUCACAUAUGUCGAUAUUUUCUCCAUAAAGUCCAACCUCAUCGCCAAUUAUUCCCGCUAUGGAUUUGAGCAACCGCUCAUGGCAUGUUGCGGCUAUGGGGGCGCACCCCUGAACUACGACAGCAGGAUUUCUUGUGGGCAAACAAAGGUUCUCAACGGGACCACAGUCACGGCCAAAGCAUGCGAUGACAGCACCGAGUAUGUCAAUUGGGAUGGGAUUCAUUACACCGAGGCUGCAAACCAGUUCGUUUCCUCUCAAAUACUAACAGGAAGAUACUCAGAUCCGCCUUUUGCAGACAAAAUGCCUUUUGCAAUGAAGCUCAAGUUCUGAAGGAUGAUCAUCCUCCACAGCUAUAAAAAUUUGACCGUUCCUCAGCAUCUAUUGGACACGAAAAUGCUAAAGGCCAUACAUGAUAGUCAAAUGACAACUCAUGUAUUUGAGUGAUUGCUGAUUUGUUAUAUGCUAACAGAGUAUGCACUUGACAAUUUGUUGAAAUCAUUCAACUCGGUGCAAUGCAAUCUAGUGGAUCCUAUCUAUGGUUUGAUACAAGUAGCACUCUGCAGGGCGGGAAAGUGCUUCUACUCGUGGAUCCACUCAAACAUGGAUGUUUCAUGUAUGUAUAAUUUCUCGUUGUAUACUG